AUGGAAAAAAGAGCAAAAGUUGUGAAUAAUGAUAGUGUUAGGAGAAGUAUGAACCAUAAUCAAAUCCAUAGUAAAAAUACUAGGAAUAAAAUGACACAAAUAAAAAGUGGCGUCAUACCUGUGAAGUAUAUCGGCAAAAGGGAUAGACUGAAAGGUAAAAGGGUAGAAUUAGCGUGUGAAAAGAACAUUGGUAAAGAAAGCAUAUCAAAAGUGGGUGAUAUAAGAUUUAUGAGAUAUGUGAAUAUGAGUAAAGGAGCAGAAGCUGUGUAUAAAAAUAGUGUCAAGGGGAAAAAUGGCAUAAAUCUGGAUGAUAGAGCUGAGAUCCAUCAUUAUAAUAAAGUAGAUAAAGCUUAUAUAAUCGAAAAAGAUAGAAAUUGUGGAAAUAGAACGAUGUUGAUAGAUUUUGAUAGAAAGAAUAGAGAUUUAAGAGAAGAUGCUAGUAAUAUCAAAGAUGAUAAAAAGACAAUAUCUAAUAAGGAUGAACAUAAAGCAUCUGAAUGCUAUUUGAAAUGUAUUGAAAGUGAUGAUUCGAACGAUUCAAAGAAAGAUAAUAAUAUUGUGACGAUGACAAAUUUGGUGAAAAUAAAUAGAGAAUUGGCAAAAGCAUCGAUUAGGCUUGGCUCAAAUGUGAAUAAAAUAAGCAUGGAUUACAUAAAGAAGAAAAGACUUGCCUGGAAAUGUAUGAAUAAAGGAGCUGGCGCCAAAUGA